AUGCAGCUGUCUGAGACUCGUGCCAAGCCCAAGCGCCGACAGAACGCAGCGCUACCCCAGCAGAUAUCGCUUUGUCGGCGCGGCGAGGGCGGUCCAGGCCUGCGCGCCUGCUCAGGCGGAGCAAAACCCCGCGAGACAAAGCCGCAGUCGCCUACCUCUUGUCUUUCUGAGCAGAGCCGCGCGGGCUGCGCCGUCCACGUCAGCCCGUGCCUCGCUUCCGUCCUCGUGCACAUCUCCUGUCGCGUUUCUUCGGAGAAGAACACGCCUCCAGGAUCUCGGUUGUUCUUUUCAACGAAAACACAGGCGGCCAGAGCAGCCAAGGCUGAGGCCGAAGACCGCCGCGCUCGACUCCAAGCUGUCCUCGAAGCCGGCGCUCGCCAGGUUCGCAAUUUCUCUAUCAUUGCCCACAUUGACCACGGGAAAAGCACUCUAAGCGAUCGGCUCUUGGAGGUGACCGGCACAAUCAGCCGAGGAUCCAAGGCGCAGUUCCUCGACUCCUUAGAAGUUGAGACGACGCGCGGAAUCACGGUGAAGGCGCAGACAUGUUCUCUGCUGUACAGACACCCGGAAACAGGUGUCGAUUAUCUCCUCAACCUCAUCGAUACACCUGGACACAGCGAUUUUUCCCAUGAAGUCACGCGAGGCCUCGCCGUGUGCCAAGGCGCCGUUCUUCUUGUAGACGGCCUUCAAGGAAUCCAGGCGCAGACGAUUGCUCACUUUGGUCGAGCUCGGCAGCAAGAUCUGAAGCGUCUCCUUGUCGCCAUAAACAAGGUGGAUCUUCCUGCUGCGCCGGAGCAGAUUCCAAGUGUGAAAGCGUCGAUUGCGUCUUUGACAGGCGAGAAAGAAGAGGAGGUUUUGGCUGUCUCUGCAAAAACUGGACAAGAGUUCAAGAGCAUCGGUUUCGCACUGACGGGUUACGUCUUUGUGUUUUGUUUCCCCUCAGGCAUCGACGACCUACUGCAUGCGAUUGUGGAGAAAAUCCCGCCCCCCGAAGGUGAAGAAGCUGCUCCAGUAAAGGCCCUCAUCUUCGACAGUUGGUUCGAUGCCAAGAAGGGCAUUAUUCAACUCGUAGCUCUCAAGGAGGGCGUUUUGAAGCCCCGGACGACGCUCGUCGCCGCGCAUGCACGCAAAACAAUUCAAGUCAAGGAAGUCGGCAUCCUUCACCCCUUUAUGACUCCUACGAAAGCUCUGAAGGCUGGACAGGUCGGCUAUAUUUGCUCCAACAUUAAGCGGACUCAGGACGCAUGCAUUGGCGACACGGUCUUUCCGCAGAACCAAGUCGGCGAGCCGUUGCCGUGCUUCGGGCCUCCGAAAUGCACUGUCUAUGCAGGUGUCUAUCCGGAGCUCGUCGCGGACUACGAGAAGCUGCAAGUGGCGAUCGGCAGGUUGUUGCUCACCGACCCUGCAGUCGAGGCGAAGGCGGAAGUUAGCGCGGCCCUCGGCCAGGGGUUUCGAUGCGGUUUCCUGGGCAUUUUGCACCUCGACGUUUUCAAAGAAAGACUGAAAACGGAACACGACAUGAGUGUCUUGGUGACUUCCCCGACUGUACCCUACCACGUGACGCCAAAGACGAAGGGUCAGAAGACGCUCAUUGUGCGCUCUGCCUCCGAGUUUCCUGACUACUUCGAGCAAGUCGAGGAGCCAAUGGUUGAAGCCACACUUCUUGUCCCACAGAAGUCCGUUCCGGCGAUUCAACAACUCUGCAUGGAGCGGCGCGGCGAAGAACUGAGAUACGAAUGCAUGUCCAUGCAUGGGGGCCAAGGCGCCUCGGAUGCGCGGCAAGACAGCGUACUCCUCGUCUACCGCAUUCCCCUCGCCGAGGUCAUUCUCGACUUCUUUGACCGGCUCCAAGCUCUCACCAGUGGUCUCGUCUCCUUCGACUACAUCGACGCCGGACUCGCCCCGGCAGACAUCGUGAAAGUUGGAUUUCUUUUCAAUGGCGAGCGAGUCGACGCCCUCAGCUUUCUCGCUCAGCGCAGCAGAGCCCGCGAGCAAGGAAUCGCCUACACGCAACGCCUCGCAAAGCUCAUCCCACAGCACCAGUUCGAAGUCGCCAUUCAGUGCGUUCUGAACGGCAAGGUCAUUGCCCGCGAGGUUGUGCGGGCGGCGAAGAAAGACGUCCUUGCCAAGUGCUACGGCGGGGAUAUGACGCGGAAAAUGAAACUGCUGGAAAAAGAAAAGGAACGAAAGAAAAAACUGCGAAGCAUCUCCAAUGUCCGCGUACCACCCGAAGCCUUUUUCCAACUCCUCAAACUCUAG